CUGCUCAUGCUCUUAUGUUGAAGGACGGCUGCUGUUCUUCCGGUGCCGUUAACGCUGUGCGUCAUGACGCAACGGCUGCCGCUGGUGCGUCAGGAGGAGGCAGACGGAGAGAGAUGCCGUAACCGCAUCAGCAGCGACCACCAGCACCGGCCCGCUCCCCGGGACGUCUCUCAUGCUAUACCCGACACGCAGCGCAUCAGCCCGGGUACCAGUUCUCAGAGAGCGGCGGAGGAGCGGCGGCAGCAUCUGGAGCGGAGCAGGCCUCUGAAGAUGAGUGUGACUUCCUGGUUCCUGGUGAGCAGCUCCGGCACUCGGCACCGUCUCCCCAGAGAGAUGAUCUUCGUGGGCCGAGAGGACUGUGAGCUCAUGCUGCAGUCUCGUAGUGUGGACAAACAACACGCUGUCAUCAACUACAACACAACAACAGACCAACACCUGGUGAAAGACCUGGGCAGCCUCAACGGGACGUUUGUCAACGACCUGAGGAUUCCUGACCAGACCUACAUGACGCUGAAGCUGUCGGACGUCAUCCGCUUCGGAUACGAUCCUCAUGUCUACGUUCUGGAGAGAAGUCAACACAAAGUCCCCGAGGAGGCUCUGAAGCAUGAGAAAUACAGCAGUCAGCUGCAGAUGAGUCUAAAAGCUUCAGAAGAAAAGAACGAAGUAGAAGAACGACACAGAGAGAAAACAGCCAGAGACAAGAUCCUGACACAAGAGGCUCCACUGAGUCGACCCACUCCUCUGUAUGGGCAGCCAUCUUGGUGGGGAGAGGAGGAUUAUGGGAGUAAAGUCCAAAGCAGCGAUGAGGCGCCUGCAGAUGUUCAGAGAGACGGCUCCUCGGUGGAUCCAGACUUCUCCGGAUCAGAACCGAAGACGGCCUUCUCUUCAUACCACCGUGAACCCAGCUACUUUGAGAUCCCCACCAAGGACUUCCAGCCACCCAAGACCAUGGGGGCGGAGCUCCACGAGAUCCCCACCAAGGAUACGGACACACCCCAGGCACCGCCCACCCCAACCCCACCCGUCAUCCAGAGCCACGCCUCUUUCACCAUCGAGUUUGAUGACUGCAUGCCUGGCAAGAUCAAGAUCAAAGACCACGUCACCAAGUUCUCCACCCGCCAGAGGAAGCAGGCUCCGCCCACCAAGACCGCCAUCACACCUGCAGAGAUGAUGUCAGCAGAGAGCAAGGUUGCUGAUUGGUUGGUCCACAGUGAUGUCAGCAUGAUGAGGAGGCGCCCGCUGUGUGAAGAUGCCUACAGCACCAAGAGUGACCUCGCCAUGAACGCCAAGACCCUCAAAGGUCACCAUCAUGAGGAUGGAACCCAGAGUGACUCUGAGGACCCGGUUCUCAAAGGAAGAAGUAAAUCCCACCACUCCAUCCAAUCAGAGCAGUCUGAGGUGUCGCAGCAGACCGUCCAAUCAGGUCCAUCCGUCCACCGCGAGCUUCCGGUUCCACCACAGAAUCUCCACCAAUCGCUUCAGUUCUCUCCACCCAGACUCCCCCCAGUCUCCCCUGAGGCCCCCGAGCGGCCCCUGUCCCAAAGCCCUCCUAAGGUUCCUUCUCCCCCCAUAGAGACACCCAAACAAGGGCCCCCCGAGCACCUCACCCAACAGGCCUUCAUCAUUGAGUUCUUUGAUGACAACCCACGCAAGAAGCGUUCGCAGUCGUUCACACACAACACUGCCCACUCCGACUCUUACUCCACCCUUAAGGCCAAGCUGGAGCGCCGGAAAGGUGGCGAGAGGCCGGCAUCGGUGCAUGGCCACAUCCCUCCCACCCAGCAGGUCACGGUCCCUCUGAAAGGACACAGCGGCCCCCAGAGGUCGAGCUCCCUAAAAAGGGAGAAGACUGAGGGGGAAGUGGCUUCGUCAAAUUCCUCGUCUCGCUCCUCCUCAGGCAUUAUCAUCAGACCGUUUGGAAGCGUUGGAAAGAAGUCCAAGCUCGCCCAGGAGUUUGCUGCUGAGUUCUUGAGGGAUUCAGGACAUAAGGACUCCUCCCCCACUAGAGACACUUCCCCUCCACCGAUGUCUGCGCCCCCAGUGAUGGUAUCACCUCCUCAAGCCAAGAUUCCCUCCCCAGAACCUCCAGCACCUUCUUCCAUGUCCUAUCCCUCCUCCCCUUUACAGCCUCUAGCAAAGUCAUCCAUCCCACCCAGUGGCCCAGGUUCAAAGGCCUCUCCGGUUCAUUUAUCUGGACCUCCAAUGUCACCCAUGUUACCCCUGGGCGUCCGUGUAGGAGACCCCAGAAGUUCUCAGAAGAUUAUGAGAGCCGAGGAGGAUGACAGUCUGAGCGACGCAGGGACGUACACCAUCGAGACGGAGUCGCAGGACAAAGAGGUGGAAGAAGCUCGCAACAUGAUCGAUCAGGUGUUUGGUGUCCUCGACUCUCCAGAGUACAGUGGUGUGAACACAGGAGUGUAUAGACCUGUAAUAAAUGAUGGCAAGGAUGAGCAAGCUAACCUGGCUAGCGAUGGUAGCACUGUGGACCCGUUGCAUGGCUUUAUUCCAGCUGCUAUAAGUGGCCCCCCAACCGUCCCCAUGCAGGUUCCUGCUGCAGGUCAGGAAGGACCUAAGUGGGUUUCCCGCUGGGCCAGUCUGGCAGACAGCUAUGCCGAGCCCGGCUCCACCCCACCUCAGGGGGAAUGUCUCGAAGAUUUGCACUUCAUGAACCUGUCGAUGGGAAGUUAUGACAACUCAGAGUCAGAGUCCAGCCACAGCUCCAGGACCAGAAGGAUGCUGCCUCAGGUGCCUCCAGAAAAGCUGGAUAGUGUCACACCAAGUAUCUUGAUUCGCCAUGAAUCCUACCAAGGUUAUGAAACUCUGGACCGAGUCUCUGGUCCCCCUCAUCCACAGGACUCCACCCAGCGCCUGUCUGUUCAGGACGACGUGGACCCAGACAGCCUGAGCGAUGCCAGCCGCUCCGAUGAUGCUCCUGUUCUGGAAAAGACAAUGAAGAACCAGGCCAGGACCGGGUCGACAUCUCCAGGUGCCGCUCCAUUUAAAUGUCAGGACAAAGCGUCCUCAUCCACCAAAUCCACCUCCUUCUACAUUGGUUCUGAAAACUAUCCAGGCAGAUCUGACCAGGCCCGCAGCCCAGUACAGUCUGAGAGGAAGCGGGACCCCCCGGCAAAGACUCCCCCUACCACCGUACUGAUCCAACAUCUGAGUGGACAUGAGUCGAAGAGGAUGGGUGUCAAACCUAACAGCUCUGCUCCAAACCUGCAAACACAGGACAAAGAUUGUGUCCCCACUAAAGACGGCGUAAUGUCGUCCUUUGUCCGGCAGGAGAGCUUCACUAAGGACCGGCCCAGCGACACUGUCCAGAUGAAGAAGCUUCCCCACAUUUCCAGCCACCCGUCCAUCAGAGAACUGGAGCAGAGGAGGGACAACAUUCAGGAGACUCAGUCCUUCCUACAGGAGGAAACACUGUCGUCUCUGGACACCAGGUUCCCCUCGUCUGGUUCUGGUCGCAGCUCGAAGAAGGGGGGAUCCUCCAGCCACAUGGAUGACUCUCUUUCUGGAGAGUCAGAUGUGGACACAGCGAGCACCGUGAGUCAGGUGAGUAGCAAGAACGUUCCUGUCGGCUCAACAUCUAAAAAGCGUUCGACGAUUAGCAGCCUUCAGAAGGAGAAGUCGUCCUCCAGCCCGUCCAUCCAGGACAAGGGAAGGCAGCUCAGCGCUCGAGAGCGACUCUCUGAGAAACGCAGGAAUCAGGUGGUGGUCAAUUCUUCCAGCAAAGCGGAGGCAACAAAACGCUUCCAGAUGCGCCGCAGUGCAGGAAACCGUGGCUCUCUGGAUCUGUCUGAGGGCCAGCCGGGUUCUGGUCCACACUGGACUGAAUCCGCAUCCUCUGAUCAUGAAGUAUCUCGUCCAGUCAACCGCAGCAAGAAGCUCAUUACCCCCCUGCAGAAAGAAGACAACGGGAAGAUGCCCAAGACAGCAGCUCAACAGGUCCUGACCCGUUCCAACAGCCUGUCGGCGCCACGGCCGACCAGAGCAUCCAUGCUCCGGAGAGCGCGUCUGGGUGAGGCCUCAGAUAAUGAAGGAGCUGAGACCGACCGGGCCUCCCAGAACUCUGACCAUGUCACUGCCCAGCCCAAAGGGUCCGCUGAGGGCAAGAAGCUGUCCAGGCUAGACAUCCUGGCGAUGCCUAGGAAGAGGACAGGCUCCUUCACGACGCCAAGCGACAACGAGACGUCUUCCACAAGCCGCUCUGGUGUCUCCAAUCGGAAUUCAGAGAGCACGGUCGCCACCAGGAAGACGUCAGUGGGCGACACCCGCCAGGUGGUGAGCAAAGGGGGCGGAGCUUCAGGGAAGCAGCCUCUGACCCGAACCCGGUCCAGUGGAGCCAAAUACUCGUCAGGUUCCCGUCGCAGACAGAAAGGUUCAGACUUCUCCUCAAGCUCUGAAGAGGAAUACGAAGCCGGCUCUAAAACCAAACGUCCGCCCCACUCGUCCACUGCCGUCCAGACACCACGCAACAACCGGACUGCCGCCGUGCGGUCCAAAUCCGUCUCUCUGGAGAUUGAAGAUGAUGACGACCAGAACGAUGUGGACCCCUACCAGAACUGGUCCACGCACAGCGCUGAGAUCGCCAAGCUCAGUCAGGACCUGGCGAAAGACCUCGCCAUCCUGGCUAAAGAAAUCCACGAUGUGGCCGGGGACGGGGACUCGCCCAGCAUUGGUGUCACCGCCACCUCUCCCAGCUCGCUGCCCAACACACCGGCCUCCACCAUCUCUGCCAGGGAGGAGCUGGUCCAUCGUAUCCCUGAGGCCAGUUUAAACUACCAGAAGGUUCCUCCAGGUUCUGCUGCCGUCUUGGACCUGGAUGCAAAUAUGAACGAGCCUGAACCCGGUUCUAAACAACGACGUCCGUGGAACCGCGAAGAGGUGAUUCUGGACAAUCUGAUGCUGAAUCCAGUGUCUCAACUGUCUCAGGCCAUCAGGGAGAACACGGAGCAGCUGGCUGAGAAGAUGAAGGUUUUGUUCCAGAACAAGGCGGAGGUCUGGGAGGAGAUUGAAGCAAAGAUCAACGCUGAGAACGAAGUGCCCAUCCUGAAAACCUCCAACAAGGAAAUCACGUCCAUCCUGAAGGAGCUGAGGAGAGUCCAGAGGCAGCUGGAAGUCAUAAACACCAUCGUGGAGCCUGGUGGAGGUCUUCAGGCUGCAGGAGUUGAGGCGUCGUCUCUGGGUCCGACCCGCCCGUCCUCCAGGGAAAAGAAACCUUCCACCAAAACCCGUGGCUCCGCCUCCAACGCCAAUGACACCAACAAACGUCCUCCUCGUGGACCCGAUGGGGGCCACUACAUGGUCUGAGCCCACUCCAUGGCCCCCGUAGCCACGGUAGCACCUCUGGACAGUAGCUGUGCCUCCUGAACCCUGACCCUGACCCUAAACUCUGGACCCGGACCUGGACCUGACCCUGACCCUGACCCUGACCCUGACCCUGGCCCUGACCCUGACCCUGGACCUGGACCUGGACCUGGACCUGGACCUGACCCUGACCCUGACCCUGACCCUGACCCUGACCCUGACCCUGGACCUGGACCUGGACCUGGACCCAGACUGACCCAGAUGACCCCCCAAUCAUGUAGUCUCCAUAAACCCAAAGAACAAGGAAAUUAAAGUCCUUCCAUUUCCUUCGUGCAAUGCAUUGUGGGACAGUACUGAGCGUCUGUGGUUGAGGUCCAGAUGGGACAUGUCCCUCAGAGAGACCAGCUGGAGACCCAGUGCCUGUCCAGACCUGGUCUCUGAGCAGUGGCGUAAACCCGUAGAAUCUCUGUGAUCAGCUGUUGUUGCUUCGCGUCGGGACCAUGGAUCGUGUCCUUAGUGUCUCCGUCCAUGUCCACAAGGAGGACAUCCCGUCGUCUCAGCCUUGGAGACAUAUCAGAAGUGAAUUGUGUUUGAAUGUGUCAUGUGACGUCCUCCAUCGCUGUCAUCGUGCUUUAACUGUGAAGCUGCUUCGGGUUACUCUGGACCAGGACCCGUCUGUUCCUCCUGGUACCAGAGGAUGAAGCUGUAGGAUGACGUGUCCUCCAGAGACCAGGAGACGUGUCCUCUGACUCUGGACCAAAAGACCACGUCCUCAUUUGUUCCAGUCCCAGUUGUAGAAGAGUUUUCUAUGAAGAAGAGUUUAAAUGUGAUGAGUGAGUUAAUCAGAAUCAGAGGAAACAGUUCAUCCACCACAGGAUCAUUAACACUAAUUAACACCAGUGUGUGUCAAUCAGCAGCAGCGCCACCAUGUGGUCAGUGGAAUAUUGUAUCAGCUGCUGUUUCUAAUGGAUCUCUACCAGAACCAGGAACACAUGGUUGGUGACUUGGAGACAUGAUCCAGAUUUAAGAACCAGAUAGAAAGACCCUCUAUUAGUUUCUAGUUUAGUUUAGUUCUCAGCUCCAAGGCCAGAAUCUGUUGAAACGAUAUUUACUAAUGGACAAACGUCCUUUAUUCAGGAGCUCAGAGUUUACACCUGGACUCUAGAGACCAGAUCAGACUCUAACCUGGGGCCUCAUUUAUCAAACCGUGUGUAGAAAAGGUUCUAAAUUCUGAUGUAGGAAUGAAAUGUAGAAUGUGUGGAAGUACAAUAAAACCCAUACUCAUCAAACGUGUGGACACUGGUCCUCCCACACUGAUAAUCAGUGAUGAUAAAUCCACCUGUUCUUAUCUACCAGGCGCCUCCAUGGUUUGAGUCAUUUACAUUCAGAAACGCCCUGAACUGACCAUCAAUGGCAGCAACAAUCCCUUCAAGAAUGAAAUCAGGGCAAAGAGAAAGAGGAGCAUUCCUGCAUGAGCUCUGGAGUUGGAGGAGGUGGAAGAAAAUCGUUGAUGAUCCAGACACAAAGGAUCGUCUGACUAACAUCACUAAUACUUUACUGCAAAUAAACGAGUCACAGAAACGGAUUGAUGCAUCGCAAAUGUUAAAUAAAUAAAAAAAAAAAAGAUCAAAUUAAAAUAAAGAAACAUUAAAUGUGUCUUGUUCCAACCAGCAGCUACAGACAGACUGACCUACAGUCUCUGGAUGAUCCUCUCUCUGAGCUUUUAUGGAGACGUAUUAUUUGUGUGUUGACUGAAUGGAUCCGUCCCCGUUCUCGUAACUGAAUUCAUUGUGUGGUUUAUUGUGAUGUGGGUCAGUCUAUGGCUCCAGAUUCUGAAAUCCUGGUUUAAUCUGUUCUUGUUGGUGAUGUCUGUUUGGGAGCUGGAUGUAAACUGAGGCCAGAGAAAUGAUUGUGCUGAGUGUCGUCUCCAAACAUGUCUCCAAACAUGUCUCCAAACAUGUCUCCUAACAUGUCUCCUAACAUGUCUCCAAACAUGUCAGGGUGGAGGAGCUGGAUGAGCUCUGGGAGGCUUUGCUUCAGUUCGUCUCUGGCUCCAAACACAGUUUACAGAUUAAUUAACGCUCUGUGAAAACACACGGUUCUAAAAAUCCUCCAAUAGCACAAGACAAGCAAUGAAGUACUUGUACACACACUUGUACUAACUUUUGUUUUCAGGUUGUCUUUUAUAGUUUGUCACACCAGUUAUUCAAAGUGUCUGUUAAAUUACUGACUGAUCCUUUUCUUAUUAGAGGAGACAGUAACAUGUGGGAACGUGUGAAGAACACUGAGACUCUGUUAAUGGUUCUAUGUGUAGUUCCACUGUUCUACCACUAGAGUUUGUGUGGAGCACGGACAGAGUUAUGUGUAAAUCUACACACUUUUCUAAGCACAAGUACAAAUUGAUGAAUUGCAGACUUUGCGUCGGAAUGUGCUCACGCUUUCUUUACAAACACAUCUGUGAGUGUGUACGUUGAUAAAUGAGGCCCCAGGACUCUAGAGACCAGAUCAGUGUUCACACCUGGACUAAUUAGUGUUAAUAAAGUAAGGAUGGGGACGGUUGUUUUCCUCACAGAUGUUGAUGGAGGCCGUGAAGUCAGACUUUUUAUUUUUCAAGGUGCAUGUUCCAGGUGAGAGUUGGAGGCUAGUUCACCAAAUGUGCUCUUCAUGUCCUCUCUGUGGAGAAUGUAGUAAUUUAUCACCGGCUGUGAUGAUGUAACUUUAGUUCCGGUGCAUGAAGCUCUGAACCAGCGGGUUCUUGUUUGCUUCCUCUCAUGGCUCUGAUUUAUUUAUUCAUGUAUUUAGUGAAGUCUCAUCCACGGCUUCUUUCUAUCAUGUGUCAUUUGUAAUAAAUUGAUUUCAUUCACUCUG